AUGACUCCCUGGACUUCCUCCAGCAAAGGCGCUGCUGCGCACGACCGAAUCGAAGCGCCGGUCACAGUACGAGGUUACCUUUUGUGCGUCUUCGCCGCGUUUGGUGGUAUCCUUUUCGGCUAUGACUCGGGCUACAUCAAUGGUGUAUUAGGCAUGGACUACUUCAAGCAACAGUUUGGAGGACCUUCCGCCAGUGAGGAAGCUUACAACGGCCACCUUUACAAAACAUGGGAGAAGUCUCUCAUCGUCUCUAUUCUCUCUGCUGGUACUUUCUUUGGAGCUCUUACCGCGGGGUCCAUAGCGGACUGGAUCGGCCGUCGCGCCACUAUCAUCACUGGGUGCGCCAUCUUCUCGCUUGGUGUCGUCUUACAGGUGGCUGCUUCCAGCGUAGGCGUCCUAAUUCCGGGUCGUCUGAUCGCAGGUUUUGGAAUCGGGUUUGUCUCCGCUGUCAUCAUUCUAUAUAUGUCUGAGGUUGCACCCAAGCGCUUUCGUGGAGCCAUCGUAUCAGGAUAUCAGUUCUGCAUCACUAUCGGCCUGCUCCUAGCAUCAGUGGUUGAUAACGGAACCAAAGACCGUAUGGACUCCAGUGCGUAUCGUAUCCCGAUUGGGUUGCAGUGGCUAUUUGCGACUGUCCUCGGCGUUGGCCUCUUCUUACUACCUGAAUCGCCCCGUUGGUAUGUCAAGAAAGGUCGUCAUGAGGCUGCGGCUCGUGCUCUUGGUACCCUACGUGGGCAGGCUGCCAACUCGGACUAUGUCCGGGAUGAGCUCCACGAGCUCAUCGCUAAUCAUGAAUACGAGAAGCAUAUGCAAGCGGGCUGGGCUGAUUGCUUUCGUGGUGGAUGGAAGCCAUCUAGCAAUCUCCGCCGUGUAGUCCUCGGAAUGGCACUUCAAAUGAUGCAGCAGUGGACUGGCGUGAAUUUUGUCUUCUACUACGGCUCUACUUUCUUCAAGACAGUCGGCAUACAGAAUGCCUUCCUGGUUUCUAUGAUCACGACCGCCGUCAAUGUUGGCUCCACACCCAUCUCAUUUUGGACGAUCGAAAAGUUCGGCCGGCGCGCGCUCCUGAUCUACGGCGCUGUCGGUAUGCUCGUCUGCGAAUUCAUUAUCGCCAUUGUCGGUACCGUUGACGAAGGCAGCAAGGCAGCCGGGUUGUGCCUCAUUGUCUUUACCUGCAUCUACAUCUUCUUCUUUGCAUCGACCUGGGGUCCAGGUGCUUGGGUUCUAAUCGGCGAGAUCUUUCCUCUCCCCAUACGUGCCAAGGGCGUCGCUCUCUCAACAGCCAGCAAUUGGUUCUGGAACUUUGUCAUCGGCUUCAUCACCCCCUAUAUGGUUGACGAGACCUACGGGAAUAUGAAGGCUAAAGUUUUCUUCGUUUGGGGUGCUACAUGCACUGUCUGCGUUCUCUUUGCGUACUUCUUGGUGCCUGAGACUAAGGGUUUAUCCCUCGAGCAAGUCGAUCGCAUGCUUGAGGAGACGACCCCACGCACGUCGAAGAAAUGGGUUCCACAUAGCCUGUUUGAGGACCGCGCUGGUGUAUCCUCGCUAGACACGGCGGAGAAGAUGAACAGUCGCGAGCCGAUUGCGCAUUGCGAACAUCGCGAUAUUUAA